AUGUCCGUCUCUUCCUCCGCAGCGAAGGUGGCACCGAAGACGCUCCACCAGUUCCGCAACUUCUCAUAUCUCGUUGUCGCAUGGCUCGGCUUCAACAAGGGCUUCCGUGAGAAGGCCGCCAACGAUGCGGAGUGGGUCGCCCACCAGCAGCGGGUGCGUCAGCAAAACGUGGAGCGCCACCAGGCUGCCCAGGCCAUGGCAGAGGCGAAACCGAGUGCCGAGCUCGAGACGACUAUUCCGGCGAUGGUGCCGGAGGGCCUGCAUGAGGUGUACAAGGACUUGGAGAAGGCCAUGCACUAG